AUGGAGCUUUUAGUGCUAACGGGGGCUCUUAGCUUCGUGACAAUGUUAACUCUCUUCUUGCUCUUGAAACUAACGUUUUGUUGGUGGAUUUUGCCCAUCCAAACACAUCGAAAGCUUAAAAGAUGUGGGUUUGGAGGACCAACCCCAAGUUUUCCAAUUGGAAACAUUCAAGAGAUGAAAAAGAAGAAUAGCGUUAAUGCUUCACUCGGGUACUCAAAACUCACCCAUGAUAUACAUUCCACCGUUUUUCCCUACUUUUCUCGGUGGCAAAUUUCUCAUGGUAAGGUGUUUAUCUACUGGCUGGGGACGGAACCAUUUUUGUACAUUGCAGAGCCAGAGUUCUUGAAGAAAAUGUCCACAAAGGUGAUGGCCAAGAGAUGGGGAAAGCCUAGUGUCUUUAGAAAUGACAGAGACCCCUUGUUUGGGAGUGGUUUGGUCAUGGUUGAGGGCGACGAUUGGGUUCGUCACCGGCAUGCUGUUGCCCCCGCAUUUUCACCUCUUAACUUGAAGACAAUGGCAAGCAUAAUGGUGGAGUCAACGAAGCAAAUGCUAGAGAGGUGGGGCACUCAAAUUAACUGCGGCAACCCUGAAAUCGAUGUGGAGAAAGAGAUAAUAGCAACGAGCGGAGAGAUCAUAGCAAGGACAAGCUUUGGCAUGAAAUACAAAGACGUCAAGGCAGUGUUUGAAAAAUUACGAGCCCUACAAAUAACUCUUUUUAACACCACCCGAUAUGUUGGUGUUCCCUUUGGCAAGUGCUUCAACCUCAAGAAAACCCUAGAAGCCAAAAAACUUGGUAAAGAUAUCGAUAGGAUCUUGUUGUCCAUCAUAACGGCUCGAAUGAAAUCAAUCAAAGGACAAGAUCAACAGGAUUUAUUAGGGCUAUUGUUGCAAGAAAAUCAUCAAGAUGAUGAUGACCAGUUAGGGAAGGCAUUAACAACACGAGAUCUUGUUGAUGAGUGCAAGACCUUCUUCUUUGGUGGCCAUGAGACAACAGCACUUGCUAUCACAUGGACUUUGUUUCUUCUAGCUAUCCAUGAACAUUGGCAAAUCCAGUUGAGAAAUGAGAUAAGGGAAGUGGUGGGUGACAACGAAAUUGAUGUCAAUGUGGUUGCUGGGCUGAGAAAGAUGAAGUGGGUGAUGAAUGAAGUUCUAAGACUAUACCCACCAGCACCGAAUGUGCAAAGGCAAGCAAGAGAAGACAUUAAAGUUGAUGACUUAACAGUGCCGAAUGGAACCAACUUGUGGAUCGAUGUCGUAGCAAUGCACCAUGACCCUGUAUUGUGGGGCAAGGAUGCGAAUGAGUUUAGACCAGAGAGGUUCAUGGAUGAUGUCAAUGGUGGGUGCAACCACAAGAUGGGGUACAUACCUUUUGGGUUUGGAGGGAGAAUGUGUGUUGGUAGGAACUUGUCCUUUAUGGAGUAUAAGAUUGUAUUAACCCUACUCCUCUCUAGGUUUAGUUUCAAACUUUCACAAGGAUAUCAACAUUCUCCUUCUAUCAUGCUCUCCCUAAGACCAACAUGUGGUCUUCCCCUCAUAGUUCAGCCCCUUUAA